AUGUCAAGCAUCCGGCCGCUCUUGGUGACAGAGUCGGAUGCAGAUAUCCAGAACAACCCGAAGCAUGAGACGACUGAAUAUCCGGAGCUCGAAGCUGUGAAGGCUGAAUCGGACUUCAGCACAGCGGCUCAUCGGAUCAGGAGUGUAACUUCAGACACUUCGUCGGCGGCACCCGGUGCGGGUGUGAAGAAGAAGUCCAUGCGGAGGCUUUGGAGUCUGGUGCAGGAGCGAGUGUCCACUUUUCAGAUGCAGCAAAACACUGGCGAUGGCCUCAUCCUGGCUUUGGUGCGCACCCGAGAUCAGAUCUUUUCAGAUACCCUCUACACGGAGGACACGACACAUGAAGUUCUACAACUGGUCUUGGUGUUGUGGCUUCACACAGCUUCGCUGAUUCUGCAGUUUGGCUUGACAUAUCAUUUGUACUUCACCACGGUGGAUGGGUUGGCAGCUCCCUUCAGCAGUGGCAUCGCUGACAAGAUGGAGGCGAUACGGCAUGCUCUUGAUCACGAUCCGCCGGCUCCUCUCUCGAAGGACGACCUGGUGCAGAAAGACGCGCUGGACCUGUGCUUGAAACAGCACGCCCUUGGACUUACACAUCUCAUGGUGCUGUCGCUCUGGGGCGCGCGGAUGGUGGCCGAGGUCUCCGAGCUGCUCAACAGCGGCACCAUCCUGAGCUUGAUCGCAGAUCCAGAUCCGACUCAAAACGGCUUUCUCGAGGAGAGAGACGAUGGAAAGAUGCUCGUUUCCCACAUGAGUCUGAUGAUGAAAGUGGCGUGUAUCAUAUUGGUGAUCAUCCCAAAACUGGUUUGCACCAGUUUCUUGAUGUGGACAGGUGGAAAGAUGUUCAUGCUGACCCACACCAUGGGAUCCCUCAUCAUCCCGUUGCUGACACUGACCUACAUCUUGCAAAUUCCGGCCAUCCUGUUUACUGGUUUCUCUUCCUUCAAGUUCAAGGAUACUUGGCAGAUUUUGGCCAGAAGCAUGCUAGGAGCACUCGCGUCGCGGGGUCUUAGCCACUCCGAGGAGAAGGUUCAGCUGACGCUGUACCAGUACAAGAUUGCGCUGUGCUAUAAUUCGGCGAACUGUCAGAUGUGGGGGCUCACGGUGAUCAAAGCAGCAGCGACAUUUUGCUAUGUCUUCUUCAUCUACGUGCUGGCUUUCGGUGAUGUCACGGAGCUGCUUGGCCUGCCCUUAUCCGAAGCCGGCAUUGCGAGAAGCAUAGGCGUGGCUCAGGUACUUGUCCAUCUUCCCAACGGGUUUUCAGAGCACGUCAGGGAGGUCUCCAAGAGACUCUGUGGACGUUUGACUGCUGAGAAGGCCAACAAGGAGGACACGGCCGUCGACGUCGCAGAAAAGGUGAAGAAGGAUGGCACCACCAUGCAGAUCGCACGCCUCCCGGACAUUGAUGACAACACCUGGGCAGAGGUGAAGGCCUAUGUGGAAGGCAAUCCGGAGACUGCAAAGGCCUUGCAGAGCUUUGCCAAAAAUCCGGAAGCCAUGCGAGGCACGAAUUUGUCGACACUGCUACAACAUGAUACGGCAGUUUCUGAUGGUGAGCAUGUCCUUCCAGGCUGGUUGCAGACUCAGGCCAUCGCCGAGCACUACAACACGAAGCUUUCGAACGGCGACGCCCCGGUGGCGGACCGCGUGAAGUCUCUGGAGAAGGACCCGGAACUGGCCAGCGUCUUCGAGGACAUUAAGAAGAACGGCAUGGAGGCUGCCAUGAAGUACUACCAGGACGAAGAGCUCAUGUUGAAAAUCAGCCAGAAGAUGGGCGGUCUUCCGUCAGAGCUGCAGCCGGUCCUGAAGAAGAUUGACGAGACAGCGUUGACCCUGCAUGAGGCCGCCAAGAACGGAGAUUUGAAGGCAGUGCAGGACUUCCUGGACAAGAAGAAGCCGCUCGACUCCCAGGACCACAAGGGCAUCACCGCUCUUGGCUACGCAAUUGGAGCCAACCGGAUAGCUGUUGUGAAGCUUCUUUUGGACAGCCGUGCCAAUCCUUAUGCAGUGGACAGCUCUGGCAACAGUGGCCUGCACUAUGCAGCUGGCUACGGACGCAAGGAGCUGCUGGAGUACCUGCUCAAAGUUGGAGCCAAUGUCUCCCAGCCCAAUUCCCAGGGCCAGACGCCGCUGGCCGUCGCAACCCAGAAUCGCCAGGAGAGCUGCAUCCAGAUCCUCCAGGCUCGGACUUGCCCCGUCCCUCCGUCUCCGUCUCACACGUCUCUGUGUCUCUCUGUACUGAUCUAUCCUGUGUAUCUACUGGUAUCUGUCCGUACACUUGAAACAAAUCCAUACACGCAUGCAUUGUACACAGUAUACGUACAUGCAUACGUAGUCAUGCACACAUGCGCACACAUACACCCGCAUAUGUUUAUCCAUGAACCUGCGGUAGUCAUGCUGCCAUGGGUGAAGCACGAGCGUAGAUGUUGGUGUGCGUGUAUGCUGUUUGCACAUUGCGCGCGCAAACACCGGACGCGCACCGCUAAACCCGAUGAACCCGCUAAACCCGAUAAGCCCGAUAAGCCCGAUAAACCGGCUAAACCCGCUAAACACGAUAAACCCGAUACACGCGAUAAACCCGAUAAACCCGCUAAACCCGCUAAACCCGCUAAACCCGCUAAGCCCGCUAAACCCGAUAAACCCGCUAAACCCGAUAAACCCGCUAAACCCGAUAUCAGGGGCGCCCCAUCAACCCAAGGCCCGACCCUCGAAGUUCAAGAUCUGUCAGGGUUCUGA